AUUGACCUGCCGUGCGAUUUAUUCCCCACAACCCCUUCAGUCUCUCAGAAAGAUAGAGACGAGCACAACGAGUCCGCCCUGAAGGAUCACUAGCUCUCUCCCUUCCCGCAUUUUCCCGUCCUCACCUUCUGUCGAUUCGCCAAGAUGGCCCGCAGCGCCAUCGCCUUACUCCUGGUUCUCGUCCUGGCGUCUGCCACUCAGCUGAACGCGCAAGCUGCGUGCAACACCUCAAUUUUCGACGCUGUUGCGGCGACGCCCGACUUGUCACUACUGGGACAAGUCGUUCAGGCUGCGGGUCUUACUGAGACUCUGUCCGAUCCGACUCUGGAGGUGACGGUCUUCGCCCCCAACAAUGCCGCGUUCGAGGAGCUCCUGCAAGUUCUGAACAGCUCCGGCCUCACUCUGGACGAUGUCACCGCCCCAGAGAGUAACAAAGCAGCCAGCAUUCUGCUCUACCAUGUCGUCCCUGUUGCAGCCCUUUCCACGCAGCUCUCCGACAUGCAAGUGCUCCCCACCCUCUUAGGCAAGAAUCUCACAGUGAGCCUGAUGGGAGGUAUGGUGAACAUCAUUGCCCAGGAGAGCAACGCAACUGUCGUCACCGCCGACGUCACUGUCUGUGGUUCUGUCGUGCACAUCAUCAACCAUGUCCUGAUCCCCGCAGCUCUCGCCGAUAUUCCCAACUACAUGCCAACGACUCCUACCACACCAACGACUCCCCCGGCAGCCAUGACUCCCCCGGCAGCAGGAUCUCCCCCUGGAACUCCCCCAAUGCUCGCCAGCCCCCCUCCCCCAGACUGCAAAUAUUGAUUCUAUGUGUAUCAGGCCCUGAUAAUGGAGCGAUGAAGGCCAGCAGUUCCGUAGCGAUGGGAGUUGUAGCCGCGGCUUUAGGAAUUUUUGUAGCGCUAGCGUAAAACUAAUCAUCAAUUUUGGGAUAUUUUUCUCGAUGAUUGAGUAGGUCUAGCUGGCUGCCUAGUAGCGGUUCGUUGAUAGAUGUACCACCAAAAUAUCGACGUUUUGUGUCUUCUCAUUCUUUUGAUAAACCUUUAAUGUUUAUAUAUUUGUUGGGAGCCUUGUUCCAAUUCAAGUAUAUCUUGGAAAAAUGUUUUGAAAUAAACGCUGUAACGACAGUAUAUUAAAGUUAC